AUGCAAUAAAGUAAAUUGAGAACGGUUUCCCCUAUGCAAUGCCAAUAUGUUUCAACUCCAUCAAAUUGUUCUGUCGGCGGGGCAUUCAAAAGAAGGAAAACCUUAAAAACACAAUCACCUUAUUCUUCAUAACACAAAGAGAGUCUUAACAAUCUACUUUAAGGGGAGCCUGAUAAAAACAAAAACAGAUGCAAAGAAAUUAGUAUUGAAGUGGCAAAAUUUUUAUAAUAAAUCAAUAAAAAUGAGAGCACCUUUCCAUCCAUGUACUCCUCUAUUAUAGGAAUUGAAACCAAAAAUCAGGAGGAAACACAAUUAACACAACAAUAAAUGUUAUAGUAACAAAAUCAAAUAUUGAAAAAGCAAAAUUGCAUAAAACAAUAAGAGAUUGAUCAAUGGAAAUAAAAAUACGAAUAAGCAGUUAAGUAAUUAAAUCAAUUGUAGAGUAAAUAUGAUGAGGAUAUUAAAAUAUUAAAUUAAGAAAUUCAAGCAGUUAAUGAGAGGAUUACGUCAUGUGAAUAAUAAAGAAACUAUAGUUUUUUCGAUUAGAAAGCAACAGGGGAUAAUUUAACUAAUAUGAGUAUGCAGACAUUCUAGAGAUCAAUAAAUGAGAAUGAAAAUUUGAUUGAAUAAAACAAACUAUUAGAUGAAAUCUCAGAAAAAAAUGCAAUCAUUAAAAGUUUGACUUUUGCCUUAGAGAAAAUCAAAAUGGAGAUCUCUGAACAUUAGAUAAGAUCUAAUGGAGAGAUAGAGUAGCUAAAAAGUAAACUUAAUUAGAUUCAAUAGUAGAAAAUGAGAAUGGAAUACUGUUAAAGUUCUGAGAUUUAGAAUAUGAAAGUUGUGUAAAGCAAUUAGAUAGAUAUAUUAAAGGAAGAAAUCAAUCUAUUGAAAUGCUCGAUAGAAACAAAACACUAAGAGAUAUAGACUAUUAAUAACUAAAAUUAAAGAUAUAAGCAUUAGAUUGAUUAAGAGAAUAGGACACUCAAAUAAGAAAAUGAAGUCUUGAAGUCGUAAUUAAUUAAAAAAUAAUAACAAUAUUAAGAAGAUAUUAAUCAAAUGAAGUGUGAUUGUUCAUUAUUACAAUAAAAUGAAAUAAAUUCAAUUAAAUAAAGUUCUCAACAACAAAUCUCUGAUUUAGACACUGAAAUUAAAGAUUUAAAGGAAUUUCUAUACACUACUAAUAAUACUGAAUAAUAAUAAUUAAUAGUAGAUAGAUUAAGAUAAAGAGAUAAUUAUGAAAUAGAAAAUCAAAGAUUGAACAGUAUAAUAGAAGAAUAAAAUAAACAGUUAUUAUCAUAAAGAAUGCAGACAGAAAACCUUAAUACUGAAUCGAUUAGAAAAAUUUAAGAACUUCAAAUGCAAUGCAAAAUGUUACUUGAAGAGACAAAUUAGAGAUUUGAAUAAAUAAAUAGAGAGAACACAUUUUUGAAAAAUUAGAUUCUAUAAAAAGAUAAUGAGAUUAAUAAAUUUGAGGAUAUUUACCAAAAACUAAAUAAUUACAAAGAAAAUCUCUUAAAACUAUAAGAAGAAAACUCAAUUAUUUUAAGUCAUUAUGAAUAAUAAGAGAGAUAAAUAUAAAAGGAGAAGGACUAAUAAAUAUAUUAAUUGUAAAAAAACUUUGAAAGCCAAUUAAAAUAAUAUGAUUUUUAAUUACAAAAUUUAAUUAAUGAGAAAUUACAAUAUAUGCAAAUGUUAGAGAUAAAGAAUUAAGAGUGUGCAGACUUAAAUUUAGAAGUUAAGAAAUUAUAAAUUUAGUAAUAGAAUAUAAAAAUUGAUAAUGAAUUAUUGUACAGUAAAUUAAUAUCGUUAUGUAACUCUUAGGAGUCUAACAGAAUCAUAAACGAUCCACUUAAUAAUACAUUAUAAAUGAAAAGGAUGACAGAACAAAUAUCACUCUUAUAAAAUGAGUUAUUAAUAAAGAACAAAGAAGUAACACAAAUCAUAGAUAAAUAUUAAUAAUUGGAACAAAUACUCUGUAAAAAUUAGAUAAAAUAGACUGAUUAGAAUUUAAAUGAGAUAAUGAAAAAUUAGGCAAAAAAUUAUGGUCAAGUAAUAAUAAAUGAAUGA